AAUUUGUCUAAAUAAUUGUCCGGAAAAUGUCCAGAAAAUGCAGGUACCAUGUCCGGAAAUUGUUCCGAAAACACACUCGUUUCCGGACACUCAUUUUGUCCAGAAUUUGUCCGGAAAUUGACCUGAAAUAUUUUUUCAUAAAAUUUGGCACAAAAAGAUGAUCAACAGGUGACCAUCAUUAUAAUUGCUUUUAACUUAAAGUUUUAUAUCAUAGAUAUAUAGUAUUUUUGCCUGCUCAGCAAAUUUAAUUAGUAUGACAAAGAAAUGUCAGUCUUGUGCUUUUUGCAUUUUUUUACAAAAUUAAUUUAUCCUUUUUUGGAAGUAGCGUCCAGAAUUUGUCCAGAAUUUUUUCAUGUCCGGAAUUUGUCCAGUUCAAAUUAUCUGAAUUUUUACUAUGUCCGGAAUUUGUCCAGGUUUAUCUGUCCGGAAUUUGUCCAAAAUUUUUAUACUGGACAAAUUCUGGAUAUAUUCUGGACAAAGUCCGGAUAUGUCAAAAUUUUAGGUAUCAAAUUUGUAGCAAAAAAUAGACAUUUUCCGGACAAUUUCUGGACAUGCCAGAUUUAUUCUGGACAAUUUCCGGACAUUUUCGUAGACAUUUUCCGGACAUUUAUUUUUUAUAGGGAAAGUGUUAAUAUCAUGCUACCAGUGGUUCACCCCAGAACUAGUACAAUACACUGUAUAAUCCUAUGGCAAACCACUGAUAUCAUGACACCAACCAUAAGAGCCAG